AUGGGAUCUUGCCAACAUUUGUGCAGAUAAUAACAUACUGUGGAGUAGGAAAUCACAAUGCAAUAAAAACUCAAGUAAAGGAAAGAAUCUGAUAAUAACUCCAAGACCAAUCAUAUUGGCUCUCAAAAAGGAGAAGUUGAUGACCUAGUCGGAGAAGAAUUCAAGUCACCCAAAGAGAUCAAGUAAUUCAGCAAACGAAUUUAAAAUCUCGAAAUAUCAGGCGACCGAAAAAACAGAUUUAUGCAUGAUAUCGAAGAAGAGAUCAAGUACAUCAUUCAGAAAAAUAUUUAGGAGGAGUAAGAAAAUUUGAAACGCAUUCAAUAAAUUUAUGAACAAGAACUUGAACUUCAGAGGAAAGAAUAAAUUAAAAAAUAAAAAGAAUAAUUAGAUAACUAAUUUUCAUUUUAAAAUUCCAUUAUUUAAUCAAAUGACCACUAAAAUGCAAAUCCCUUUCAACCUAAAUCAACCUCUUAAUUUGCCCCCAAAAGAAAUGAUAAUGAUUCAGUGUCUCAAAAAUCUUAAAUCUCCAAAACUCCAACCCCUCCUUGCAAGGAUAAAUCUAUUUCAUCCCAAUCAGAUAUAAUGAGAAAAAGCGCUUUAAUGAAAAUUAUACAGGCCAGAGAAGAAUUAGCCAGUAAUAAUGCAAGUAAAGGUUCGACCAAAAAAAAAAUGAUGCUUGAUGCCUACGAAAAAUUGUUUAGUGAAUUCUUUUCAGCAGAUGAAAAAGGGUCAAGCAGCUAUAGCAAAACACAAAAGAGCCAUAAAAGUAUCUUGAAAAAUAGAUCCUUAACACAUCGCAGUUUCUCUGGUAGUAAAUCAAUUAAAUCAACUCAUACUGCAGUCAAAAAUUCAAAAAAAGUGAGAUUCUCUAAAGAAACCAAUUUCAGCUAUGAAAGAAAAGGAAUCGAAAAGAAAAAGAAAAAAUUUUGGGAUUGGUGA